AUUGUCAACCCAGACAUGGGCGACGAGAAGGCGCUUGAGGCUGGGCAGAUUGGAGGAGAACUGGCAUUUGGUUGAGUGAGUGAGACUCGACCGGCUAGCGGAAGCUGUACUAUUUCGAGUGAUCUGAUCACGGAUGUGCUCAGCCCCGAUGGCGUAUGUCUCUCACUUGUGCAGUCAGGGACCCCACGCCGAUCGUAAACGGAGCCCUGUGGAAGAGCACCUGUGAGCCUGGGCCGGGGAAUUGUGGUGCUGGUUCUCGAUUGCCACUUGGUGCCACUUGUGCACAAGGGCGAUGAAGGUUGCCUAUAUAUCGUCGACAGCUUCAAGCUUCAGAUACCUUCCUUCAGAACUCAGCGCCGUGCGCACUCGGAAGUGCGCUGUACGAGAGCGAUCCAUGUAGCGAGACUGUCGGAAACAUUGUGCACCAUAUCUGAUGACGCUUCAGGGAAGGUGACGAAACCGGGACCGCAGAGGGUAGUCGGAAGCGAGCUGCAUUGUUGAGCACGAGCCGGGAAGGAUGGAAUUCAUGCAGAUAGCCCACAGGCAGACUGCGUACUCGCUGGAGCUCUACAGACAGCUUCUGUCGAUCGAGCGAGGCAACACCGCCGUGUCUCCCUUGAGUAUUGCAGCAGCGCUCGCCAUGCUCGCUGCGGGAGCCAAAGGAGAGACUCUGGAUCAGAUAGUGGCGCAUUUGAAAUACCCGGAUAGUAAUACUAUGCAUCAAUUUUGUGUGUUCAUGAAAAACGGCCUGCUCAAAGACGCCAGCCACGAAGGGGGCCCUCUCGUAGACUUCGCCACAUGCGUGCUGGUGGACAAGAGUCUCCCUCUGCACUGGAAAUACCAAGAAUUCGUCCGGGAAAACUACGGCGCUGAGGCGUCAGUCGUGGAUUUCAAAACCCAGGUACAAAUCACAUCGAUUUAUUUCAAGUUUUUGUCAAUAGCCCUCUCGGCAAGCAGAAUUUCCUUGAAGAGCCUGCCUUUCUGUAUCAAUCCUCGUCCCACGUACGCAGCAGUGACAGCGGACGGUCGCAGUAGGUACAGAACCGGGGUCCAGAUCCCACCUGGGCGUGCGUGUUUCCGCUGUUGUCGAUAGCUCAGACGAUGGCCGCAUCUCCUGAUUGUGCUCGCAGUACUCAUUGCGCGCAGACUCGCUCCAGCCAGUGGACGCACUCUGGCGCUCGAGAAUAUUUGUCGUGCAUUCUCGACCUGGCAGGAUGGGCAGCGUGUGCGGGUAGUAACGAGGUGUGUUUCCUCCACAGGCCGAGUGGACUCGAGUCCAGGUGAACAUGUGGGUCAAGCAGAAGACGCGGGGCAAGAUCAGCGAGCUGUUCCCGCCAAACUCCGUGAGCCAGGACAUGAAAUUCCUGCUGUCGAAUUCGCUCUACUUCAAGGGCCAGUGGGAGAAGAAAUUCGACAGCUCGCGCACGAGGAACGAGCCCUUCUUCCUGCUGGACGGGAGCAUGGUCAGCAAGCCGAUGAUGACGAGCAGCGAGCGGCAGUACAUCUGCAACUGCGGAACGUUCAAAGUGCUGCGGCUGCCGUACAAGAGCAGCGCGCUGCGCAGCCAGGCCUUCUCCAUGUUCAUCCUGCUGCCGUGCCUCAUCGACGGCCUGCACGAGCUCGAGCGGCACCUGGACGCAACGGCCGCCCAGUGGUUCAUGGAGACGCUGCCGAUGAUGCGCGACAGCGUGCCGGUGCGCCGGUUCCUGCUCCCGCGCUUCUCCAUCUCCAGCGGCUUCGAGGCGUCCUCCCUGCUGACCACGCUCGGCCUGCACUUGCCCUUCGACCGCGUGCGCGCCGACUUCUCCGGAAUGUUCAACGAGCUCUCCGACAGCUUCCCGCCGCUCUGCAUCUCCAAAAUCUACCACAAGGCCACCGUCGAGGUCGACGAGGAGGGCACCGUGGCCGCGGCUGCCACCGGCGUCGCGGCCGGCUUCGGGUCCGCUCCCCGCUCCGAGCCCUGCGAGGAUUUCGUCGCCGACCAUCCCUUCCUCUUCCUCAUCAGCGAGGACAACACCGGCGUCGUCAUGUUCAUCGGGCGAGUGGUCGAUCCCUAGCCGCACCGACUUGGCGCUCGCCCGAACCCCGUCCCGUGGCGGCCAGUCCCGUCACUCUCACGAACUCCCCCCGAUGCAUGCCGCGUCCCCAUUGCAGGGCCGUCAUCCGGAUUCCGGUGUAUGUUUGUGUGUUUGUUUGUGUGCGAGCGAGCGAAAUGACCAUUUCGUGGAUCGAACUCGAGCAGAGCUGCAGAAUGGGGCCGCGGACAAUGUUUGCAGUGGCCUCUUCGGGCUUCCGGUCCGGCAUGGCCUCCGCUCUUAUUUGAAGGCGGAAGUCCGAGGCUCGAUAACUUAUCUUAGAGGCUGUUGAAUGGAUCCUCUGGAUCGACGACCUUCGCGCGCCUGAGGAUGGUCCAGUGCCCGAUGCAUAUCUUGGUAGGUCUCGAUGCAAGCUCUGGACUAGCCUCUGCAUCUUCGUGGAUGUGUACAUGGUGACGAGAGAAUCACGAGGCCCUCGUGUCUCUUGGGCACGGCAGGAACCGCAGACGAGACAGAGGGGUGCUUUUAUGUCGAGGAUGCAGCAAGGUGGACGAGAUGGCUGUCAAACUCAGUCACGGGACGCUCCGGUUUCCGAUCGUGUCGAGGAUAUUCACAUCACUGCAAGCGAGCAUGCCAGUUCCACCUUAACGCAGUGGGAUUCUAUCUAUGGUUGAGAUUGCCAGAGGUUGGAUUGGUUUAUGGUCGUGGUAUGUCUCAGAUGGUAACCUCCCUCUGGCCGUUUGAUAUGAGCUUAUACUCUCGCCGAGAUAGCACAGAUAUUGCAAGACCAUGAGUAGAUAGAAAAGUGAUGGGCUCCCUCUCUGAUCGUAUUGGAUGUGUUCUGUUUGACACACUCAACACACAAUUUACCAUGCUGGUAGUUUAUACCCUCUUGUGUUGAAACUUUCUACAGACUCAGAAAGACAACAGAUCGCGUUGUAGGUACAUGUUCACAAACUAGUGUGAUCAAACUGUAACGACAUGAAAUCCUUCGUGUGGUUCAGGUGCCGCAAGUGAACAUUGUAAACAAGUGGUUGAGGAAAUCAUGAAGUUUGUAUGUACAGACUUUUAGCGCUGC